GAACGGGCAGGCAGACGGGUGUGGAGACAGGUGAGGUGAGCCAGUGGCAUUACAGGAAGAGAGAUCUCCGACGACAGACAUGGCUAAAUUCCUGUCAGGAACUCAGAUCAACGAGUUCAAGGAAUGUUUCUCCUUGUAUGACAAGAAGCGCAAGGGGAAGAUUGAAGCCAAGGACCUGAUCACAGUUAUGCGCUGUCUGGGGACGAGUCCCACCUUCGGCGAGAUCGACAGACACCUGCAGGUCCACAAGAUAGAUAAGAAGGGCGAGCUGGACUUCUCCACCUUCCUGACCAUGAUGCACCGGCAGAUCCAGCAGGAGGACCCCAAGGCGGAGAUCCUGGAGGCCAUGAGGAUGACGGACAAGCAGAACAAGGGCUACAUCCUGGCUUCUGAGCUCCGGACCAAGCUCACCAAGCUAGGAGAGAAGCUAACUGAUAAAGAAGUGGACGAGCUGUUCAGAGAAGCCAACGUGAAGUCUAAUGGCAAGGUGCACUACGAGGAGUUCACCAGGAUGGUGACACUACCGUCAGUGGAUUACUGAGGGACAGGAGGAGGUGACGUCCUUUAUGAUAGGGAAGCAUGGUCAUGGAAGGGACCUGGUUAUGCAUGCACUGAGCAUUACCCAACCACCUCCAUGCACAUAAUUUAUUGAUCAUCUAGGUUUGUAUCUAUUGUAGGCUACGUUCUAUCAUUUAUACAAGUGCAUUUGAUUAAUUAAAUGGAUGAAUCUUUUUUUAUUUUU